AUGUUUAAGGGGAAAAUUGCUCGGGUAAUUUUCGACAAAGGCCGACUUUUACUACAUGACUACAUACCGCCAGUUUUUUAGAACAAUUUGUCAUAAUCAAUCUUUCCGUACUGGCUCGCAGUGAACACGUACGCAUCCUUAUUAAUAAUGUGGUAUUGUGAACCGAACGCACUUCAAAUGUUUGCAACUUUAUUUUGAGUGCGAAUGUGCGGAAUUAUUGUACAUUAACAAGGUCACCAGGGGUUCGGCUUCUAACUCUUUAAAUAUAAACUCGUGCAAAGUACGGAGGUAAGAGCUGUGUUUAUAGAGGAGUUCGGGUGAUAGAUGAGAAAGAAGGCACUUUCCAGCUUUCUGCCCUAUAGGAACUUAGCAUUUAAUAUCUAGCAUUCGUCCCAUAUAAUAAACACUCACUUGCGUGACAAACAGAAUAAUCCCGAAUUGGGGCUGUUUGCCGGGCCCAAAACACCCGAGACAAAAUCUUGAGGAAAAGGCAUCCAUCAGCCCUUCUGAGUACGGCCAAAUUGACAACGACAUAGCAACAAUGUAGGGUAGUAUUUAAGACACUUAAUUAACUCUCUUGUUGAAAGAUAUACUUAAAACAGCCGAAAAGUCCUUGCUAACUCAUGAUCGUCCAAAGAGCGCGACAAAACUAAGGUUGAAGAGGCUAUGGUACAGCCCGAGGGAUCGUUUGCCCUAAAUGCUUCGUAAAAUUGGAUAAUAAUACCGCAAUCUUUGCAUUACACGUAGCAUCAGUAGAUGUCACGCUGUAUUAACAAAAGUAUAAGUAAACUACUUAUGGCGUCUGGUUUUUGGGUGACCGAGACCGUGUGAACCACCUUUUGAACCUGAAAUCGUCGAAAUCUCAUUUUGGCCCUUUACAGAUCAGGUGUUAACUACUUCAAAUCCCGUAUCAGGAACAUUGAACCCCAAAACACAGCAAUGGAGAACUUGGCCUACAGUGGGAGUACGAUUACGAUAACCAUUAGAAUUGUCGAUGAAAUUGCAAAUCGAACCUCCAGGGCUAGCCAAGCUUCUGACCGGUGACGCUGGUUCAGUUUAGAAUUGCUGUGGACUCUAAACCAAUGCGCAACCCAAGAUUUACUGAAUUGCCAUCCUAACAACGAGAGCUUCCUAAGCAGCAACUUCACGGCGAAGGCCACACACGUGCACGUCAAAAGGCACGGCUGAGGUCACGCUACAAUGGCACACAACGUUUCUCCAGAAAUCAGGGAAUCAGUUCGGACGCCUUAAAGGCUUCUCAUCAGAAUAGAACGCCAUAUAGAAGAGAAUUCAAAAGCGAAACAGCAAUCUACAAAGCCGAAAGAACGCAAACAGUUUCAACAGCUAACCAGUUCUCCUUUUACACACGAAUCGGACACAUAGGAUGCCGUCGGAGCCAAUACACUACCAACGAGACACCUUCACCGCUCGUCGUUAAACUCUCUCCAACUGCACACCAACUGCCGCAAUUUCCACGACGUCAGCGACGAAAACCAACGCCAAUGGCUAACAAGCAACAGGGGCGAGGCCGCCCCCAACAUAUUUGACUGACAAUGACUGGCAUUUCGACCGGCGUUGCCCACAAUAUUCACGAUUUUUCUCAAUGCAUGGUGGGUGUAACGGCGGAGACUUACGCGUGGAUUAGUUUGCAGCGAUAGUAGACUUGCGCAACAUCCACCGCAUUCUCUUCUCCUUCGCCUCCUUAAACCCGGUAUUAAGACAAACUCAAGCAGCUUGGAAGAUAACUUUCUCUCGCGUCUGAUUUCCGCCAUUGUUUUUGUGAGCACUGCGUUAGUCUAAAGAGACGGUAAACUAGUCCAUUACGGAAAGAAGCUUCCUCAACCACAAUUUUCCUUUUAUUGAAGAGGCCGCAUUCGCCUGCUUUGUACUCACAUUGGCAAUUCGUCAUCGAAAUGCUGCUCACCUCAUCUUAGGUGUUCUCGAUCGUCACCUACAGCAUACUGAGUAAAGCAAGUUCAUGAUCGUUCGCAGAACAGAGCCCACGUGUUCUUGCAUGCUCUUUAAGCGAAAUCGCAUCAACUGUUUCCAGCUUUUUAUGCAAUGUGUACGGUCAACUUCUUGGCGUAAAACUACGAACUUGGAGGAAUUAACGCUAAGAAAGCACUUGGUAGACAAGGAAGCCAGUUUUUUGGUGUUUUCUUUCGGCUUCUGUGAAUCGUCGGCGAUUUUUCUUUUUUCUCAUCACUUACAAGCACGGUGUACUUUUAACCGUCGUCCUUCGUUAAGUCUUUGAUAAUGAUCAAUAAAAAAAAGGGACUAAUUACACAAUAUUUCAACGAGCGUCAGAGCAUCAGGGACCACAUACUUCUACCUCUGCCUACCAUAUAGUUGAGAGUCUCAGUAGGCAUUCGGUUGCUGAAAAUGUUCAAUCAUUCAAUAAUAUACUGAAUAAGCAGUAAAUGAAGACGAGCUGCUAAGGUGAAUAAAUCGACGCACGUUUCUAUUUAAGAUCAGUCCGUAGUUGGACCGGUGUCUCGUAAGGCAAUUUUAUAAUAACUGAAUUGCUGUGACAGUUUACCGGAUACAAGUCUACCAAUUCAUGUCAAUAUAUUCGUAGUGGAUCGAGGCGUUGACAUUUCCACCCAAAGCCCCUUCCUGACUCAUCUAGUAACAUGCGGGCCCGGAGGCCAGGAGGGGUCAUAAAAAGAUUCGGAUGGAGAAGAGGAUGGAAAUUCCUAAGUAUCACGCAUAGAGCGCGGAAUCAUUCUUAUUGCAUACAGUGCGGACUAUACAAAGAUCCUCGUAAAUAUGCUCAUCGGUGCUGGUUCGACUUAUAAUUCUACUAUUUUUCAAAAAAGCAAUUUCUUGUUGUGGGGAUCAUAAACUUAGUCGCGUAUGUCAGGAAAAACAGCUUUUGGGCGAUAAAACCUUAAAAAAUACCACUGCAGACAAUAUUUCAUGUGAGACGGUAUCGCAGGCGUGCCAUAUAUAACGAGCGUUUGCGCAAAUAUGAGACGGAUCCACGUCAUGACCUUAUCGCCUAAGUCCUAGAAGCGCAGUUUUGCAUUAGGUACCCAACAGAAUUUUCUCAAAGGAUUUGUUAAGAUCCAUGAAGCCGAUCUACAGAAUUCAAAAAGUAUCAACUCUCAUUUUGAAAGGGGAAUCCACUACCAAGUAUUCAACUGGACUAGAUCUUUAGAGUUCAUAUUUAUCAUUGUGGGGAAGAAGCCUGUCUUAGACUGCAUUAUCCAUGAUUUUACAGCGUUCAAAACCCAGCCAGUGUGUUGGAGAAGAGAAACUUCCGUAUGUCCAGCCUAGCCUCAGCUCUGCCUUAUCGAUCUAAACAAAAGUAGUCAUGACGUCCUCACAAAAGAAUGAGAGUCAUCAUUCCAGAUCUAAUUUCCUAGGCGGCUCCACAUGUUUGUAGAUUAAGUCAAGAGUUCCUCCUUUUUUACAAAGCUUUGGAGCAGGUGACGUACUUUUAUGCUUUCCUGCGUCAUUCUAUGCAAAACGGGUUUUACAUUUUUUCGAUUCAUUCACUGGUCUAUGUAAACAAUCAAAAAUGUUCAAUGGGCUUUAAAGUAUUGCAUUUCUUAUCCGGCAAUUUAUUUAAAGAGUAGUUCUUCCUCGUUUUCGUGCGAGAUUAUAUCAUUUGGUUGCUUGGACACCGCAUAUGCUUGCUAAACCGACUCACUUUCCCUUUGGUAUGUCUGCACCCCGAAACCUAUCCUUUAAAAUUUCGGUUUCAUGUCGGAUGCCUUAGAGCUUAUCAUUUUGUGUUCGAAAGUCAUUAAUAAUGACGCAAAGUACUGUAUUACUGUGGAGUUGCAGAUGUGAUCCUUAACUUACUUAAAAUGUCCUUAACUUAUAAUAUCCUCGGGAGGUCCUAUCUCUUGAGAAACAUGGACACCCUGUUAACUGAGCCGAAACGCCCGCGCACUUUGGCCAGAGGUUUGUGUACUUGCGUUGCUAGCCCCGCUGUGCAAAUAACCAGCUGACUCUUAAUGCCAAAUCGCGUUUUGAUUUCCUCGUUUACUCACAGGUUCUUAAGUAUGUUGCAAGCCCUCCACUGACUGAGAAAAUCUUAAGUUAGGCAGCAGUUGUGGCUCUUUGGGAGUUAGUCGUAUGGAGACGUUUAUUUAUUUAGUAUUUUGAACAACAGAUGAAACGGUUCCUUUGCUCUAGACGCGAAGCUUCAUGAAAGUGAGAACACUUCGGCCACGCGACUGUUCUUAGGAAUUGCUUGUUAAAGUUAUAUACAUAUGUCCAUCAGAUGUUCAAUUGAAAUCUCUAUUACGUUAAAUUGACACUGUCGUUUACUUGACUUAAAUAAGGCAAAUCUGUCUUAUGCUGUAGCUCUCUGUUUACGUAAUAUACUUGUGUUUAUAUGUACGAUGUUUACACAACCUGCAAUUGUUUAUAUAACAUGCACUGGUCUGUACAACUGUUUAGUUCACCCUGUAAUUCCAGGUCACCCACCUUGAUGUCCAAAUUACGGCAAAUAUUUGAGUAAAAUGCCCCCAAAAUAUCACUAUUUUCCUUACCCUCAGUUACGAGGAUUUUCAACUAUCCGCUCUGUGAAAGUAUGCGCGUAUGUUCCGUAAUGUUUUUGUCGCUGUCAUAGAUUUAUUAUUAUUCUAACCUGCCUUUCCCCACUCUCGAACCAACUUUCAGUCUUGUAUCCAUUUUGGCGCGUUUAUGCUUCUGAAAUUUCGAUUCGAGGGCAAAACCGUCGAACUUGAUGUUAGCGAAAAUUGGAAUAUUCUCUUUCUCAAGCAACGCGUCUGCAUGGAACUUGAAAUAGAUUCACAAGCGUGCUUUCUCACCUUCAAUGGUACUCAACUAGAUGAAUGGGACAAGGUAUCUAUCCAUAAAAUCCAAGACGGCGACAUUUUAGACGUUUGUGCUCACGGAGCUUUCCGACACUUCUACGUUUUGUGUUACGUUUGCGAUACUGUGGUUCCAGCUGAAAUCACAAUACACUGCGACGUAUGCAAGGGUAUUGACUUUUUCGCCCGACCCACGGCCGUACUGUCAAAUCGCUCCGUGGUUUCGGGGAUGUGUCGCACUCCGGCUUGUAAUGGUUCGCAAGCCACUGUUUCAAUGGCUUGUUCACACAAUCAGUCUCACCAACCGACCAUCUAUUUAAACCAGAUAACAGCAAAUAUCGAAAAAUCGACUUGUGUUGCUUGUUGUUCCAAUGAAUGUGAUAUUAUAAUAUCCUUUUGCCCAUCAAAGGGUCACAUUUUGUGCCUUGAUUGCUUCCGCUCUUACGCUGAGAACUAUUUGGACACUCGAAACUUUAAGUUGAUUCCCCAUCUUGGCUACACUCUUGGCUGUCCCGUCGGCUGUCCCGAUGUGUACAUCUCCGACACUCACCACUUUCGCAUUCUCGGCAGUCAGUUUUAUUCGCGAUAUAAGGAGAUCGCUGCGCACCAGAUUUGCUAUACAGACGCAUUUUGUAACUGUCCUCGGUGCGAUACUUGUUGGGAAAUACCUUCAGAUCCAGGAUCCUUUCAUUGGGUCUUCUGCGAAGGUCCCUUCGGUUGUGGUGCUGAGUUCUGCACACGCUGCCGAAACCUCGUUCUUCGUCGAUCUGCUAAUACUGGUGAUAACUCCAAAUUGAGCUGUUUUUGUGACGCCCUUGAAGGGGAAGCAGAGGCCGUCGACGCCCAACCAUCCGAGACAGAGAGUGGCAUCUGGAAGGGCGUCAAACUAGGACCCCUCGAAAUUGCAAGUCGAUGUUUAAUAUCAAGCACUUGCAGACGCUGUCCUGUAUGCAAAAGUACUACAAACAAGGAUGGUGGUUGCAACCACAUACACUGCACCGUUUGUGGUUCCGAGUGGUGUUGGAUCUGCUUAAAGACUUGGUCCGCUAACUGCCAAUCCGCCCAUUGGUUCUAAAUGUGACUUGCGGUUUCCCUCAUUGAUUCCCCUUUUAUGAUUAUUUGACUACUUUCAGUACCGCCUAUUUUUCUGAGAAUAAAUAGUGAAAUUAAAAGCAUGAUCUUCUGUUAGGCAGAUUCAGAUGUUUCGAUGCAUGCGCUCGAAAUCCCGUUUUGUGCUUUACCUUUAGAGGGUAUUGACAGAGUACUUACGUUAUGUUGAUUGGACAAUCAAUAUCUUCAUAUCAAUUUUAUUAUGCUUCUACAGGACGUUUUACCGCGGUCAGUUUUAAAAUAAAGAACUCAUUGCAAUCAGCAAAAUUUAAGUUUACCCGUCUAUCUCAUGUCCAUGUGUUUGAAUGUUCGAGAUCUCUUUUGACAUAAUUGGCAUAGGUUACGUGCAAAAUCAGUCAAAGUAUACGAAAUCCGGAAGUUAAUUCGGAUUCUUGUUGUGUGCAACGUUUAGAUUGAUGAUAUUAGUCUUACGUACGAGACGCCGCAUACGUCAGAAUAACCUUCUUGUCUAGAAUGAAAAUCUCCCCUUAUUCCGUAAGCACCUAUAGCUAUGGACGCCAUGCAGUCCCCUCAAGAUCCCGAAGUUUUGGUAGGCUGCUUGUUACGUGAAUUUUAUGUCCAUGUUUCCUUUAGGCCUGCUCAUUAGCGCCCUCCAGAAAGACCAAAAUAACGAAGAUAAUGACUUCAUAAACAUCGUGUUAGCAGGUGAUUUCAAACCUGUUUACCACUCUCAUAACCACCUACAGAGUUUUAAGGACUGUACCGUUAUAAUAGGAAACGGUAAAAGGGACUUGAGUACUUCACUGUUGGUAGAUUUGCCUUUUUCGUGACGGAUCGUUCUGACAUCACCUAUUUUCAAGCUACAUUGAGUUAUUGUUACGAAAUUGCGGCUUUUACGACCAAAGCUAGAGGAUGUAACUGCUUGGCAAUCCGUUUCAUAAAAGGAGAAUCCUUUAUGCGUAGAACGCAAUGUGCGUUUGUGUGCCUAAGGCUUUUACUACCGUAGAUCUUAGCAAAGUUCCCCCAGAUGACUCACUUGUUCGUACAGUGAUUCCACUUCUUUUCAUUGCACAAAAGCCUGGCGGCAUUUAGUUCGGCAUGCCACUUAUCCAUUUCUGUUAACAUACCAGUAAAACGAGCGCUCGCAGCCGGUUAUAUUGCGGUAAGCAAUAAAUAGUUCCUUUUGGGCCUUACCGACUCAGUCAUGAGUAUAGUUGACUGAUGGACUUACCACUCUGAGUUUUUCCUCACACCCCGAUUCCAGUCAGGUCUGCAUUACAUUUGGCGCAUUCCUGAUUACGCUUUGCAAGACCGCGAUCAUGCCUGAUCUGACCGAUCUCAAUGGCGCUGCGAACUGUACCUCUCCAUAUGUAACUAUCUGAGGCAGUAGAUCUGGGCCGGCGACGAAGAACGUACUCAUGUCACCUGUGUUAUUUACUAGGACUCGAGCAGUGUUAGAACGAUAGUUAGCCUUGAUCACACCAGGUUUUCGCUAUAAUACCGCCUAAUUUCAUUAUCCACCACAAGGACUUGCGAACGGAAUCAAGCACUGCAAAUAAUUCUCAAAGACAGAGGACCAUCUGCUAUUGGUAGUCGGGGAGGGGUCCGGGAAUACGAUGCAGUGAAAAUGUAUGGUCACCAACUCCGCGUAAAAGUCGGAACUACGGUUUCUUUGCUUACAUCCUCCAGUCACGCUCAAUUCCCGACUGCUUUAGAAUAAUAAUGGCGACUGCGGUAUCAGCAGUGUUGGUGAGACUUUUACUACCGUAGUUCCCGCACCUUUGUCUUGAAUCCUAUCUUUCCAUGCUUUCCCAACCGGCUUACGGAUUCGGUUCGUCGGUAUGUCCACGCGUAGACUUAUAAACUUAAUCGAGAUGUUAUCCCCUCCGGACCCCCUAUGUUGGUGCAGCUUCAUCAUGGUGUCGACGAUUUAUUCCUGGAAGGGAGAAUCACGACGCCUUAUAGGUAAGAAAUGGACGCAGUUCUGUUGUAAGACAAAAAUACGGGGCAAUGGUUGGUUUGGGAAGUUUAAAGGGCGGUCGAGUCGCUCAUGGUAAAGGCCGGUCCUUGUUUUCCAGUAUUGCUUGUCUCACCCGAGGUAUUGCAGCCCUCGUCAGCAAUCAUCAGGUCACGAUGAGAGAAUCUUCAAACAACUUCUUCAGCAGUGAGUGGGCUUAUAGCUUGGCUAAGACUUGCUAGGAAUAAGUAGAUAGACUACAAGGAUGUUGAUAGUGUACAUGCGCUAGCCUGUCGCUGAGUGGUUUCAACGCAAAGGAGGCAUCGUCCAUCUGUUUUUGGUGAACGACUCACUCUGUGUCUGUCACAGUAACCGUAUGAGAAGCUCUGAUAGAGAGCGAAGUAGAUAUUGCUGCUCUGGCUCGAAAACUCGGACUCCAAAUGGGCACAAAACAUCCGUUGUACCGUUUAAGACUGCACACCGGCAGAUUUUGGUUAUGAGCGUCAAAGAGCGUUGGCACAUUCCAGCAUCUAAUAACAAGAGUCUAUUCUCGAUCGUGUAGUUGAGUUUGCGCACUACUCUUCCACGCCACCGGACCAGGGCGUCAGACCUCGUCAGUUCUUUCGGCGUCUUAACGUGAGUCGUAGUACUUGGACCGGACAUUUUUCAUGAGAUUUAUUGAGUGUUUUGAAUAUAGGUGGGUCCCCAGUAGCCGCUCGGACUUGAUAUUCGAGGUUGUCCCCUCUGGGCUAUAAGUUCGAAAAUCCGAUAACGUGCUCAUUUCGCAGCUUGCCUUUACAAAGGGCCUUUCCGAUAUUGGCUUCCCUUGAACGCACCGAGUAGCCAGCUAAUGGACGCUUCCGUCCUAAGUAAAGUCGCUCUUGUCCCAGCGAUCGUGUCUUCUUCUUCACAAGGUCGUCUUCUCCGAAUUUGACCACUUCACUUGGUUGUAGAUUCAGUGUGGGAUCCACAAGACUAUAGCAGUAGAAACUAUUGUGGUAGCCCAGCGUUCAUUAGAGUAGUCUUGGCUCUAUAUCGCUAAGUUGAUCUUAUUUUGGAUAAGCAUGCACUCAGAUGUGGUUUACACCUUCAACUAAUGUUAAUCACCUUUCUUCGCAUGCUUAAUUUUGAUUUACAUUGUCUACGCAACUUAAAAUAUGUUCUUCUUUUCUUCUAGGUGUUCCCCAUAAGCGCAGUAUUUGAUUAUUCGUGAUGUCAGCCGGGGCUGUUCGCGCUCCACUCAUCCUACCCCUCAGACUGCCUUUUUGUGGCAAGACGAAGAAUCAGAUCGAUACCGGCACUCAAAUUGACAUAUCUUCGAACACUCCGGGCGUCCAGCUCUACUUCACCAUCGAUGGCAGUCGUCCGAAUCCUGCCGCGUACAAACCCCGCCGUCGUGGUGGUCCCACCUACCUCUUUCGCAAUCCUUUCACUCUGCCAGCUGGUGCGAGAACAGUCAAGGCUGUGGCUGUUCUACCGUAAGAAGGCGUCUUCGUUUUUUAUCACUCCCAUUUGCCCGUUUUGCUGUUGCCGACAUGGUUCUAGACUACUGGCCAAACCAGAAACUUGCUUGUUCCACAUCCAAACCCAUGGUCAUACCAUUGAUGCUUGCGAUGUACUGGCCUGCACCCACCCCUAUCACCGGCGCACUUCCAUACUCCAUCGAAAUGUCACAGACUUGCUAAGAAAGCUUCAUAAAGCGAUAUAGGCGUUCAUGGCAUUUUCCUCUCCGAUUUACUGAAUGAACAGUUUCUGGUAGUUCAAAUAACUUGCGGACUUCUCAGUGACUUUUAAAACUACGUACUGGGCUUUUGUCUUACGAGUUGAUACUCUACUUGGCUUUUUCCUCGAGGCCUGGCAUCUCACUUACGCGGUCUGGUGGCACAGAUGCGAAAUUCGGGAUAGGAUAAUUUUUAAGACACUCAAUGCGUGCAUCCAGGGGAGUUGCUCGCCUUGACAUCAACCGGCGCAUAGUGAUCACUGAUUUUGUGGGCAAUUCCAGUGUCCUCACUGACUGUCGUACCUUUAAGUGCAAACUCUCCUUUCUUGUGGAUUAGCCAGCCAGGUUGGUGUUAUGACUAAAAAAAUUUAACGGCUUUAAGCUUGGAUGAAAAUGCAGAUUAUUGUCGACUCAACCUUUCUUGUACUUACUUGUACUUGCUAUGGCUGCGAUCAUGCCUGAUCUAGUCGGCCUCGAUGAUGUCACGAACUGCACCUCUCCACGCGUGACGAUCCGCGGCAGCAGAUCUAGACAGCUCAACCCAUUCUCUUCGCCAACGACGGAGACCGAAUACCGAAGGGCCAAGAACCACCUUCAUGUCUUGACGAACUGUGUCGAACCAGGUUUCGAACUGACCCCCUCUUCGACGCCUCCAAUGGGACAACGGUGCCGGAUCGAGGGCAGUAACACUGAGUUCCUGAGGUGGGCGACGAAGAGCAUGCCCAAACCACCUCAGUCGUCUUUCAUGGAUGGCCUGAGUUAUCCUUGCCAUGGUGUCGCGGCGAGCGCGGACUGUCUCAUCUGAGGCGAAGUCGGUGAACUUCACUCGAAGGAUUGUCCUCAAGCAGUGGUGAUCAAGUACCUCCAGUUUUCGCUCGUCCUCCACACGCAAAGCCCAGCAUUCACAGCCGUAGAGAAGGACAAACCAGACAGAUGCACGGUACACGCGAAAGUUAGUGGUGAUGGAGAGGUCGCGUCGGAUCCAUAGACAUUUUCGAAGGCUUGAGAAAACCCAGCGGGCAGCGUCGAUUCGGGAGACAAUGUCGUUCUUACUCUGUCCAUUAGACUGCAGCCUUGCCCCGAGGUAUUUAAAACUGCCUACUUCUUCAAGUUAACAACCAUCAAUCCCGAGGGUUGCCUUCUCCUGGCGAGGGAUGCAGCUUGAAAACACUUUAGUCUUUUCAGCGUUUAUGGAUAAACCGACCGAUUUAGCGACCUCGUUUACCCGUGACACCAUGGACUGCAGAUCACCAAAACUUGAAGCAAGCAAGACGAUAUCAUCGGCAUAGUGGAGAUCAGUCAGUCGGUGUCCGGGUGCAAACUGAACACCGUCACCUUCGUGUAGGACCCUCCCGAGGAUCCAGUCAAUAUCAUAGUUGAACAGUAUUGGCGACAUGAUACAGCCUUGUCGAACGCCAGACCGUAUAUCGGACGGUUGGGAAAGAUCGUUGCGGACCAGGACCCUCGCAGUAGUGGAGCGAUAAUAGGCCUUGGUCAUGGCGAUGAUUUUUGCUGGUACACCAUCUAGCGCCAUUAUCCACUACAGGGACUCACGGUGGACGAAAUCAAACGCGGCGACAACGUCAAUGAAGCAGACGGCCGUGGGUUGUUGGUGGCUGCGGCGACAUUCGAGAAUGCGCCCCAGUGUGAAUAUCUGGUCCGCGCAUCCACGUCCAGCACGAAAUCCGGCUUGGUUGGGCCUCGUCCUUGAGUCACACACAGCCUGGAAUCGCCUGAGUAGGACAAUAGCGAAGGUCUUCGUAGCAACGCGGAUGAAGCUUAUGCCGCGGUAGUUCCCUCGAGAUCUACGCAGCUAAGCACUCCCGGAAUCUCCCUGUCAUUUGACCACCACAGAGCUAACUUUGUUCACAGUGGAUUUAUCCAAUUGUGAGGAUAAUUUGGCUCCAGAAGCGAUGCCAUGCUGGCUCAAAAAUGGUAUUUUCUGAGGUUCGUGCCAGAUCGCUUCGUACUAAGAGAUAUGACACUUCAAUUGCACGAGUCAAUGACCCACGACGCUCCCAAACGACAGCAUCGGUCUUCCUUUAGGCUUCAGACAGGAUUUCUACGAACCGGGUGAAAACAGUGCCCAAUUUGGCUCAUUAUAGUAGAUUCCAGUUGGUCGGUCGACACAGCUGACUGGCGUCUGGGAGAGAGGAGCGAGAAUGGUGUCGACUGUCUCAGCGCAUAUUCCGUAAUAGGUAUAGGAAUAGGUAUCGGCGGUUGAAGUCCGUCUCAUAGCAGGCGUUUUCUACCGAGGUCAUCUAUUUUGAAAGAAUAAUAGAGGCGAUCAUCGGAGCCGUGUCAGUAAUAUUACAGGCCAAUCGCAUUUUCACAGUUUUCAGGGCAAUAUUUCAAAUUUCCAGUCGACUUACAUGAUUUAUAGAUGUUUUGGCAGAUUUUGAAUAAUUCAUAUUGACCCAACUAUGAAAAACUCGGCGCCUCGGUGGGAUUCGAACCCACGCAGUAAGGGGGAAGGCUUUAGUACAGUCAACGCUCUAGGAAUUACGUAAGCCUGGUAGUCAUCAGGUGGAUCCUAGGCGAAUUACUUAGGAAAUCCUGCCUGGGCAGUCAACUUACUGUAUCAGAUUUGGUGGAUUCCAGACGUUGCAGUAGGCUGGGCGGGUAGCUUGACCCAAAUGUGAUUAAACUCUCGUCGUCGGGCGGGGCCUCGUAGCUCAAGUGGUUAGAGCGUUGGCUGUACUAAAGCGUUCCCCCUUAUUGCGUAGGUUCGAAUCCCACCGAGGCGCCGAGUUUUUCACAGUUGGGUCAAUAUGAAUUACAUGAUUUAGUCUUCUCCACUCUAUAUUUAAAAGAGCAACUACUACGUGACUACCAUUUUCUGCUUUCAUUAGAUAUAAUUCCUUCGAGUAUUGCUGACCAACCUUUAUCAGUAGAGUAUUUGUCUCUCGCCUCCAUGGAAACUGGAUGUCCACUUUUAUUCUCACACCAGACUCACUGUUAGGAGGGUCUCUACACCAUUACUAGAUCUACGGAAAUGACCCACAUCUGCAUUUUUAGAAAGUGGAGGCGAAGAGUUCAGUCAUGACUCCACUUAAAAGAACCGAUUCCACACCAAUAGGUCAGGGCUCCUUGUACUGCUGGCUAGUAGUAACAGCAAAUGGACCUACAUUGUUAUCUUCCUGCUUCUAUUAGUAGACGCUCUUGCGCACUCUGUUCACGAUAUUCAAUUCCUUUCUUUCCCCAACCUAGAAGCACGAUGCGAGAAAGCAACGUUGUAACGAAGACGUUCGAUGUGGCACAGUCCGAUGUCACGGAAUCGGGUGAAAAUGGUGCUUCAGAGACACGAGAUGACUAUGGGUUCUUGGAGGAACUGCGCUCUAGCGAGAAGAAUCAUUUUCUAAAGGUGCCCUCGUCUUUGUUUUUACUUCUAGUUCAGCAAUGCUUGGAUAGUUGGGGAAUAUUUCCCACCUCUCUUGAAAUUACCCUAUUGUUGUCUACAACCGAACUGUAUCUUAUGCAUUGUCGCUUCGGAUUUUUGCUGGUAGUGCUCGGCGCGGCUAUUUACACCGAACAGUAAACGCUCAAACUACGAAGAAAAUGUUCCCGGUUGCAUAAAAGAGCCACGGAAGAAAUUGGAUCAGCUCAGUAGACGACAAUGGGCAUUUAUCUUCGUUUUGAGCUUAUAUCCAAUAGCUCAACCGUAGUUUCCAACGGUGUGCACCGUGUGCCCCACAUCAGAGUUGUCGCAGAGACGGUGACUUACGUGUGAGUUAGUUUAUAGGGAUAGUGGACUUACGUCGCAUCCACCGUACUAUUUGCACCUCGUCCACCUGAGUCCAGUUGUAAGACAGAGUCAAGAAGACCGGAGGCGGGAUCGGCUGCAGGCGGCUAGCGCGCCGUUAACCCGAACCUGGACGCGCCACCAUACCCCCUCCCCCCCGGUCCUUAACGUAUACUCACCAAGAUUUUACACAACAAGAAAAAAAUAGAGCAGCUCUGAUCUCAACUGUGUGGGAGUGCCAUUGCAGUCUGACAUAAUUCUGUGAGGAGGACUGAGUUAUCCCGUCAGACGGCAGCCUUCCAAUCCACAGCCUUUGGCGCACUGUGAUAGACUCGAGCGCGUCAGAUUCUUUAUAGUCAGGAAUAUGCGCUCAGAGUGUCGACCUUACUCCAUCUUACCUCUCCCAAGCACCCGUCCACUGCUGGAGACAGUCAGUCAAAUGAUGCGGAGACUGGGCGCAGAGAGCUCAAAACAACUCGUCUGCGCGCUCCACACACACACGACCUGACGCCCACGCACCAGGAUCUCACAGGAAAGAGAAGGGCGACUCGGAUGCAUAACGGAGUCACGGAAAGAAAUGUUCUACCUUGGUGGACGACGUGACUUGUCACUGUUCUGGGCAGUUAUCUUCAUCUUGAACUUAUAAUCGUCAGCUUGAACGUUGUUUCCGACAGUGUCCACCGCGUGCCCAACAGCAGUGUGGGCGCGGACACGGUGACUUGCGCAGGGUUUCGGUUAUAACGAUAGCAGAUUUGCGCUGCAUCUCUCCUCACCCACCUGGGCCCAGCCUCGAAGAAGACGGUAGACGGUAUCGGACGCAGCCGGUUGAUGCAGCGUGAAGUUGCGCCUAGGCUUGUCACCACGCUCCCAUGUGUGGCAUUUGUUGUGAAUGCGCAGCCCAAUAAUGCGUGCCGUACCCUCGUCAGACCGUCGGGUUGGUCCGGUGCGACUUCCGCGGAGCCCGUUGUAGGGGGCACUUGAGCUUAAGUAGGCUUUCAGUGAAUCACCGUCUUCAGAGUGAAUGAGUAGAAAGCCUGCCUAUAUCGUUGUGGAAAGUUAACCGGUGGAAAAACAGACUUACCACUGCAGUAGGUUGCGCAUCUCAUGCAGUCGAAAUUCGGAAAUGUGAUUUUGGUUACAAAUGACUACUUCGGUGGGGUUAUAAUACUGGUUAUCACACAGCAUAAUCCGAAUAUAUUUAUACCAGACUGCCGGUUUUCGAAUAUACGUAUCUUCAGCACCCAGCAAAUAUCACACUUGUUAAUUCGCAUCUUAACGGCUUAGAUUUUCACUACAAGAAAAACACGGCCUGUAGAAUUUAGACUAGACGCAAAUCAACAGAUCGAACUCAAAAUUAUAUGGGAAUCAAGAAACGUUUUCAAACCAUGAAUAUAUCCUUUACCAAGUAUGUAAUUUAAAACGGACGUGGUUUGCCCCCCAAAUAAGUGCACGAAAUCAUCUCUUUGACCGUGUUUUCUGUAAAAUACGUUUGAAUUUACAAGUACAUCGAAAAUCAGUGGAAGGAAACCAGUACUACUUGAGUACUGAGUAAGAUUUUUGUGGGUGGCCGAAGAGAGGCGAAUCCGAAUGCCGACAUCCCGGGCUGACUGAAACACCUUGGGAUUAGGCUGCACGAUGAUUCGUAGUACAACUCCACUUAAGUAAUCCCUCCUUAUCGAAAACGCGUUUAGAAUUUCAGUAAACAUUCCAGGAGAUUGGUCACUGACUUUACCAUUUUAUAUGGAUAGACAUUUCUCAAUCUCAAAUAAUCUCCUAGUUGGCCACUCUUUUGAAAUCGAACGGUAGCCUUUUUCCAGUAGAAAAUUUAAAUAUGUACCUGCUACAAAAUAAGCAUAAAAAGGGCGGUUUUACGUAUGUUUGCUUAAAAUAUGUUAGGACCUAUAAAGACAUCGAAAAUGAGUUGGGAAGCGUCACACUACUUAACUAGUCCUUUUAAGCGAGUUUGCUUUUUGCAUGCGGCAGCAAAAGGGCCCGUUGGAAAGCUGACAUCCUGUCGUCACUGAAAUAUUUUGGGAUUGUGUUGCAUAAUGAUCAGUCUUACAAUUUAACCAUAGUAAUCCUUUCUAACCGGGAUCAUUUUCCAAAAUAUUACUUAAUGCGUCACCUUUAAGUCGCCUACUGUACGUAUUUUGUGCUAUCAUGCUGUCAUUAUGCUUUAACAUAUGAUUUUACAAAUACUUCCUGAUCACACGUUUUUGUUUUGUCUUCGCGGUAUAUACUAGUGGUUUAAAUUACGCCAACCAACUAGGACACGUGAUUAGCAGUCGUUAAGCCUAGUCAAAGCAAUAUAAUACUAAUGGGCGAGUAACGUGGAUUACAAAAAGAAAUUGGUUCUUCCAGAACCCGGACCGGAAGGGGGGGCGGGGGUACGGGACGAGGCCCAUCGAUGUAAACGAGGAAAGCUCUUUUUGUCAUUGUUUUCCCUGCUGACCAAUUUAAUUAUCGUGCUUCUACUGGAGUCGCUUGUGCUGUCGUCAGGGCUUUCUUAUGCUUCUUUCCUGGCUGUUCUCUAUGUACACCAAUUGUGGGCAGUAAAAGGAAGCAGGUCUUCGAAGUAUAAACGUUGUCCUUUCUCUUCUAUAGGUACACGAAACCGGGCCAUUGCACUCGACCGAGCGGCCUACACACCGUACAGGACUCACAAGUGGUCUUCCGCCACCCAUUCUGAAGCACAACUUCAAAGGCGGUAAGCGUGAAUAAUUUGUAAUCUAGUUGGAAUAAACAAUUGGAUGGCAGUAGCCUCCCUAUGGUACACGACGCGUUAUUUUGUUCUACUGAGCUGGGACUCUCCCACUUCCAGCCUCAAUUACACAUGCGACCUUUAUCAUAAUCACUCUUUUUUGUAAAAGCCCAGGUGCUCAUCGCGCCCUUAGAUGCCAGCCACUGUCCGCCUGAAGGUCGGCAUUUCUGACGCCACGGUGUUCUGUGCGCUGUCACGCAUCCAAUGGGCCAGCAGUUUAGAGGCUAUUUUUAGGUACACGAAUCUCAGUCUCUGCAUUGUCUCAGGUUGGUGGUGAGUAGUGGACGGCCUUCCGGCAAAUUUAACUGCCAAACUUACAGGCUGCUGAGUCUGACAAAUCAGUAGUCGUGAACUGUUAACGCUGGUGUUUCAAGAGCUCGGGGUGUGCGGUCAUGCGCACCAACUGCCUCGCAAAAUGUCGAAAUAUCCAAUUACGGCAAGUAGUCUUGAAGACGGAGACACGAUCGCUGGGACAAGAGCUGUAUUAGCCUGACGUUUUGGAUUCCUGCUCGAUCUGGUGCAGUUGCGGACUCGGCAACUGCGUCGGAGAAACCGGAAGACAGCUCCGAACGAGAAUGGCCGAACACGCUGCAGCGGUGCGGAGAAAUGACGCCAGCUCUCAAGUUGCGGCUCAAUCGACGAGAUCCGGCCACACAUUCAAAUUCGACGAGGCCGAAAUUCUCACAAGAGGUGACAACCGCGUGAGCCGGGAGCUACUUGAGUCAUGGUUUACUGGCUCCCAGUCCAUUAAAAAGUGCAGUAACCUUCCCCUUCCACACUCGGUGCUGACACUUCGCCUAGGCGGAGUAAUUAGCCACGCGGUGAACGCAUAAGUGAACACUUUUCCCAACGCCAGGGUCGGUGGGCUAAAUGGUCGAGCAAUCAUCACACCAACAUCCAACUUACGUGAUGAAAUUGCAGUAAUUAACGACGCGAAUGUCGGCCAUCGAGCAGUCAUCACACCAAGUGCAACGAUCCCUAAUGAAGGGGGGGGGGGGAAGUCGUGAAUAUUAAUAGGUAUGCGGUAGCAUGGCGACUGCAUCCUAUGAAUACUGCAGCCCCUUGUGCAUGAACCAGCCGUAUCUGCUUUUGUCUCUGAUGAUGGGUUCGAGCAGGAAUCCGAAACGUCUGGCUAAUAAAGCUCUUGUCCCAGCGAUCGUGUUUCCCUCUUCAAGACUACUUUCUGGGACCCGUCUCUUCGCUUCUACUGCAAGUAGGUACGCCGAUCACGAACCGCAAUUAGCAAAGCACUCUUGGCAGCGGUGGUCGUCCUGGUGGGUUCCAAUGAGGCAAAGUGCUAGAACAGCCAAACUACGGCGAACUAUACGGAUGGUUUUGCUUACGAUUUGCGCGGUAGGCUCCAGAGUGUGCAUGUAAGCAACAUCUGGAUGGCAUAAUGCAAUGCAGACUGCGGCAACGGCGGGCUCCGAAGCGCCCAAAAACCCUGAAUCAGGUCUACUGACUGACUGCCUCCGUGGGCUCCAGGUUGAGCCUCGCAGGCACAACGGGACGAAUGUGCCCCGUAGUCCGAUUGGUGGACUCAAUUCCAGUAUAUUUAGUAUACCCGAUCGGAAAAGCCAGGCCAGUGGACCUCUGGGUCAAUGGUAAAGCAUACGACUCAAGAACCAAAUAUCUCAAGUUGGGAUCCAAGGUGUAUCAAAAACCUGGGUUUGAUUAUGACUGACUGAUGACAACUGAUGAGCCAGAAAUAGCCAUUCCAGUCUCUCCUCAGUCGAUACUCCUUUUUGCAUAUAUUCACUAUCGCUAUAUGACUGCCUUCACGGACUGUAGUAGACUGAGCCUCAAGGCCCAACGGGACGAGCAUAUCCCGUAAGCCGAUCAGUAAAUGCAGUCCUAACGUAGUAAGCAAGCUAUACUUAUCACUUGUGAAUAGACUCUCGGCCCCAGAUACUGCGACAUACGAACGGUCCUGGCCUCAGUAUUGAAAAUCUCUUGCGUUACAGUUUACUUCAGUAACAUACUGUAGUCUAUUGCAUUUACAAAUUAUGAUUUCUGGACUGGGGCUUCCGGAAAUUCCGGAUUCGUCUUGUGCUUUUUGGGUUUCUUCUUUACAACAGCCACUAAAAUUACGCCUCUGGCGUCUGUAAUGUGGCGAUAGUUUUAUCGCUGCAAGAGUACCAGUUAUUCUCUGCGCCGGAGCCAGUGGGACUGACUAAUCAACGUAUGACCAAAGUAACAUCGCCAUUGGAUCAGUCUACAACAUUGCCAUUAUCUGCUCAGACUGCUCGAGAUAGAUACCGCAGGGUCAGCUUCUUUCUGCAAGUUCCUUGAAGAAGUGACAGAGUUGGCUCUAGGGGAUAGUAAGAUAUAUUAGAUCGAAGUGGCGGUUUACACGGAUUUGGCCUUAAUGUUGGCGAUACUCAGGCACCCUAAUUUGUCAAAACCCUGUAAUUAUUUACGUUUGCGGUUUGGAUGUUGGUCCUGUUGCUUAGAAGAGGGAUAAGGUAUUGCGACAGUUGCAAUGAACCAACAGCUAGUACAUUGAAGUCUAAAUACGACUCCGUUAUACACUGUUACGUCUUAAAAGUUCAUAAUAAUCCCAAGAAGACCUAGUAUUUUCGAAGAUUGGAUAUGCUCAGCGCUUUCUUCUCUAUUCCUAAUAGCCCGCUUCUAGUCUACUAUCCGAAAAUCUUUGAAACUCAUUUCGCGUUUAUGGUGAGGCCUAAGUUCGUGCAUGCAUACUGUGCGCUUUUUGCUGCUUAUCUCGUCUAAACAUGCAUGCUACCUCACAUUUUGACCUAUAUAUAUAUAUAUGUUAGUGUUGCGGGUGUCUUGUUGACGCGCAUUUCGCUUUCGCUACGCCUCAGCAUUUAUCUUAUGCAUAACAGUCCUGCAGUUUUGCCCGAUUUUCCCUACCGUCACUGCAUCUUCAAUCGUGUUGAUUUGCAGAUGAAAAGCUUUCGGUUGAAGAGACAUGCAACUCACCGACAGUAAGUCAGCUAGUAGGCUUAUCCCACUCGAUGAUCCCUGUAUUUUAUGCUUUAAAUUCCUCCAUGUUUCCCAAUUGAAGUCUUUUUUUCCUUUUUGCACUUCUUAAACGUUGCAUUCGAUACAGUGCGAUACAUAGUAAUUAAGUAAUUAGAAGAUACUGUCGGUGGGCGGAGUAUGGACCUUAAACUAAUUCAUGAGUAGGGCUGAGUUACUUAAGCCGCAUUGAACUAGAUGCGACGUUUUCGUAGAAGUGAUACCCGAUGUAGUUCACUUGAAUCGCUAAUUAUCUCUCAUUAUACUCGAAUGAGUUAAAUUGUGUUUGGAAUUUCCGGCGUUUGCAGGGGUUUCAGGCCACAAGUUCGUCCAUAAGGAUGUGGUUUGUGAAGAGUAACUUGUUGAGCCCACUUUUCUGAAUCAACAGAAGGUUUUCGCCGUGAUAUAGCGUCCACUGAUGUAUUUAACUCCAGUUCUUUGUAUUCGUACCUCUCCUUCUCUGCACUGGACUCGAAGGGUUCGUGCUGCUUUUUCAAAAAACAGCUUGACAGGGGAAUGUUUUGAUUGCAUGAUCGUCGUUGUCUUGGAAGGAUUUUACUCGGUUAGCCGUUUGUCCUAGUCUAGUUAAAGUGAACUUAGAUUACUUAAGUAUUACUUACAUAUGCCCGGUUUCCAGUCAUUAGUGACCUUUAUUUCAUUGAGCAGCGCCAGUCAAGGCUCUGCAUAAUACGCAUACACAAUGCGGAUAAUGGCUAUGAAAUAAAGCAGUCCCGAGGACGUUUAAACUAUUAAGAAGACCAAACCAGACUGGCACAUCGGAUUUUAUUGGCAAAUUCAUGAUUCGCAUACCUUUUAGGCGUUAUCAAGUUCGAAAAAAAUAAAGCUGUCAAACUAAUGAAUUUCUUGAUUUUUCGGCUCUUAUUCUACUCGGUGCCAGACUGCGAUAACUAAAUGGAAACACUAGCGACUACAAGGGAUAGGGCUUUAGAUCUGCGGUUAUUGUACUUCUCCUUCAAGUUUUCGAAAGUGAUUGUCUUCAAUUGACUCUUCUUUCUUUGUCGUCCUCUUAUAUAAGUCUGGGUCAGUUCUGAAGGAGGAGAGCGAGGCGAAGAGGCGAAUCACGUUUCCGGACGAAAGACGACAGUUCGAACGCACUCAGAGGAACGUGGAUCUCCUCCAGUAAAUUCUCUUUCUCAGUACUGUCUGGCCUUGCGGCUACUCUAAACAUGCCAAAACCACUUAAACCUCUGACAUUUUUUUAUUGUUCCAGCUGCCCUACAUGUUUUGCUUCCCGACCCGUGGAUGCAAAUGCCGUCUUUUGUCGGUCCUGUGGAGGGGCUUUGCCGCCCUUACCGACUCCAAUUGCCGUGCCUCCCCGCGUGGAUCGCCUCACAGUCUGUACUGCCUGUGGUUCGACCUGUUCCUUAGAUGCAAACGCCUGCUUGGUGUGCGAGGCGCCUGUUGGAAGCACACUGCUAGCUGAUGUAAAUUUGAACCUGCCAUUUCUAAAUCCAUUUUAUCAUGCUACCGAACCUUUAACAGUAGACACGUAGGUUAACAUUAUUUUUCACCUUCGUCACGUUAUAGAGAAAGCCCUCGGAGAUGGAGCGCCGCCUCUGCCCAACCUGCGGAUCCCUGAAUCCUGUGCAAAUGGCCUCCUGCCUCACUUGUGAAGCCUCUCUGCCCCAGGGCAUGGCCAGCCUAAUCAACAUUUCAUCGCUCCUACCAUGCCACCAAGUGCGGCCAACCAGUGUCAUGUCUAUGUGGAGCGAACCCACCCCAUUCAGCAUAAACACAAGGCCUGCCGCCGCCUCGUCGGAGUGUAGAGUAUGCCAUCGUCAAAACAGCCCGGAUGCUCGAUUCUGUGAUCGUUGCGGCACGAAAGACCCCUGCAUAGUGAACUAUCAACAGCCAAUGACCCCUUCAGUAAAUUUCACAGCCUGCAAUACCAACCUCAACUCCUCCGCUACACUUAAACCCCCGAACCCCUAUCUUGACCCAGCAAUGGAGGCAAACCAUCUGCUCCAUUCUCAAGCUACUAUGAACUCAUUACUAGAACCACAAAGACAAUCCCAGCCGGUUCUUGGAGCCGACCACCUAAUGUGCACCAAAUGCUUCUCUGUGAAUACAGUUGACAGUCGGUUUUGUGUUCGCUGUGGUACCGCCUUCGGCCCUCCCUUGCCAUCGAAGACCUCGAUCUUCGCUCUUUCCUCAGGUCAGAUGCGUGCGAAUGUUUGGCUUGCACUUGUGCAGCAGCCACUAGUGCCUUUUUCUCCCACUUUUCAUUUCAGUUUCUUGCAUACACCAGCCCAACUUAAGUAUACCUUGGCAGAAGUACCACUUUAUGACCGUUUUAUGACCGAUUAUUGCAGUUAGAGUUCGUGCGGCCAACAGCUGUCGGAGUUAUUCCCAGUAGCGAUCUAAGUAACAACUUGUGAGGACAGUUUAAGAAAGUACACUCAUAUUUCGUUUGCUGACUAUCGUGGUCUACACUGACGGGUGUCUUCUGCCCAGCCAACGUCUGUGGUCAUUUUUUCUUCAGACUCAAACGUAAAUUUCACUGGUUUUUGAGAAUAGACCACACCAUUUAAAGCUACUUCAUCAUUUGAACUGCUUACUCGCAUCUAUCAUAUUUAAAUUAAUUUACUCUUUUGACAUGCGUCGAGCUUGCCCGCAUUAGUGCCCAGUCGGUGAUUUGCUGGGCUAUCACCGAAGAAACUGCGUGCAACUGUUUUGCGGGAAGCAGACUUUCAAUUAAGCAGCACUGAAGACUUGGGUGUGUACAAGCUAAUUUCCAUUACAGGACCGCUUUUCCCUAAGCGUGGUAAGAAAGAAUGGAGCAUCUGGAAGAAGGAUUUCAGCUCCUUACUUUUCGAACUUUAUCCUCCGAGACAUACAGAAGCGUCACGCAAGAAGUUUAAAUGUGAAAUCUAACCAAUAAAACACACCUCUUGAUCUUUUUAAUGGUUGCCUUGAUUUUGUUCGCGGACGCCAAUCACAGAACCAGUUUUUGUCCUCCAAACGGAUUGCGUAGAGCUUGACGAGCGAAGAGAUUUAACUCGUCAUGUUUGUUACAAGAGCAUUCAGCAAUCGGAUUACUGGGCAUACUCGUUCUGCUGUGCCUUUAAGUUCAAUCUACAGCCCUCGCGGCCAGUCACGACGGCCAGAAGUAUGUGCAAAAUGAGAGUGCCUUCCGCACAAAGGUGACCGGGAGGGCCAUUUUUGACCAGCAUUUUCCACCCCUAGUUUCGCAGGGCCCAAAGCCCGGUCCCGCGUCCUUUUAAUCAUCCAGUGUUAUUAAGUCCAACGUUCCUCCAUUGAGCCCUAAACUCUUUGCCCUGUCGGUUUUGAUCAUCAUCUGUUGCCUGAUCGAUGUUUGCAUUUGUACGCCUCGAUCUACUCCUCUCGCUGUAUUGCUCCUGAUCUCCCAAUCCUACUCACAGAAAUUAAAUCGAAGGUACGUGGACACUAGGGCUAGUGUGUCCCCCGCCAUCCGGCAAGUCAUGUGAUCACCUGUUUUCACACUUGGCUCGUAUACUUCUAGUAGCAGUCAGCACAUGGGUCUAAAUGGACAAGUAUAUUUCGCAGUGCUAAUUUGGCAUUCCCUCUAAGACUGACGGAAUACACAUCUCUCAACAGUUCGAAUGACGAUUUCGACGAUGUCCACCAUGUACUUCACAGCAGAGUUCGAGCAGAGUCGGUGACUUGCGCGGGAACUAAUUUGUAGUGAUAGCGGACUUGCGCAGCUUCUAACGCACUCUCCCGUUCUCCCAGACGCAGGUGGUUGGCGCGACCGGAGCCGUCCUUAGGCGUGCCAGCACACCCGGCUCGGGUCCCACGGAGGGGGAAUGCCAUAGAAACCACAUUAAGAAAGAGUAACUGCGCCCUGCCUCUCAGCCUACCAGUCCGCCACUCCACGCAAAGAAACCAUGAACUGACUGUGAGGUUUCUAGUUAUUCCGUCAGUUCGUAGCCUUUCAAGCCACGGAUUUUACCGCAGCGUGAUGGCUUCAAGAGCGUCAGGUUUUUUAUAAUGAGGAAGGUGAGCUGAGAUGUUGACCCCUCUUCCCGCUCCGAGGCACCAGUAAACUCCGAGCCGGUCAGGUAUCUGAUUCCAGAAGUGGGCGCAGUGGUUGAUAGGGCUGGCGAGCCCGUCCGCACGCGCCACAUGCACGACCUACCUUCCCAAACGCACACACAAGGAGGAUACACAGCUAUAAGCAUUGAAAUUUCUCGAGACUCCAGUUACCACAGAAUAAGUGUUAAAAGGGUGUUUUUUCAGUCAGUGGAAACGAGAACGUAUCUGACUUGCUUCUCUAUCCGUCUUUUAGUGCCAAACACACUGUCGGGUCCACCAGAGCCGAGAAAACGGACACUGUCUAGCAUCGGCACUCAGACAACCGGUCUCUACUACCCAAGCGCGGGCGAUCUUCGACGAGCUCUUUCGGACGUGCAGCUGUUAAAUAAUCUGAAGAAAGACAUUCGAACCCGGGCAAGACUGCUUGCGCCGAUCAGCCCUGGCCGAGGUAAUCAAUCUGCUAAAUUUUUCUACCCACAAGUGACUCAUGUUUGCAAGUUGGUAUCGCUGUGAAAUAUAACACCGAGGACCAGUUCUCUGUUAGCAGUCUCACAGUGCUAAACGGAAAUAUUAAAUGACCUGAAGCUUAAGCUAUCAAGGAGCCCGGUUGUAAAGACUGUAAUGACAUUGAAUGAUAAUGCUCAUAUCCUGCUCUCUGGCCUUUCGUAAAGACUGGCGUAACGACAGUGGCUGACGAAGCCCAAUAGCUCGUAUAUGCGCGGUGCAUACUAUUUGUCCAUAUCUCACAUAUGACAGGCGACAAUAUGGGAGAUCUCUGAUUUCACAUCAGUGAGUUUCAUAAAGUUCACAUGAGGAAGAAACCAGUGCAAUCUUGCCCUCAAUCCUGAAGAAGAGGUCCGAGCUACCACAUCAGUUAGCAACCCUACAAGCCUUGCCUGAUAGCACUUCAUGAUAGAGUCGAACGCAUCAGAUUGAUUGUAGUGAGGAGUUAGCCGAUUUGCCGUUAGAGUAGAGUCUUCAGUGUCAGCCCUUACUCUUACUACUCUGCUGCACCAGUCGACUGUCUGAGCAUGCCAACCAACUGGUGGUGAGUCUGGCUGCAGUGACAGACGUUGCAUGAAGGCCUCUGAGGCCUACAAAACGCGCAUAUACGGCAGUAGUUAGUGGCUUGCGCUGACUCAACGCAGCCUUAUAAACUCUUGCAAUCGUCUGGACUCAGACAGCCGCUGCGUUGUCAGUUGUGAUGGUGUUCUGUCAGAGGUGCGAUCUUUUGGGCAACACUUGUUACAGCCUACCACCUGUUCAAGUGUUUUUGGACACAGUUGUUUUAGAUAGAACCGACUCCUAAGGGCCCUGUCACCCUUGUUGGUGCGACAGAGCAGUUAGGGGCAGCAGACGGAAGUCAGUGGUAGCGAUAAAUUCAAUGAGAUGGCCAACAUCAAAACUCUUCAAUAGUGUUUCCUUCUCGACAACACUUAGCAAGACCCCCGCGACCGCACCACCAUCCUGUGACUACUGUGAGCCUUACCUAAUUCGUACAGGAGAGUACGUAGUCCAUUGGAUUUUCGCUUGAUCCUCGUUUGGACAGCAGGUUACUGAGUGUCUCUUCGAUUGCCUGAGACAACGAGAGUGCCAAGCUCCUCACGAUUUGCGCAGUUGGUUCUCACUGCGUAAUUACCAGUCAUUCAUGCUGUGCGCACAUCGCUUUACGGGCGUUCCGACAUUUUUCAGCUCUGAUAAGCCUGCACACUAGGUCACGUCUGCGUACCCUGUUUGGUCGAUCAUAGAAUCCUCACGGGAGCAAGGAUGGUGGGUUCAGCAGUAAAUAGUUGUCUGCUUCCUUCUGUUAACGCAUACUUUGGUACGGUUGACACCAGCGCCCUCAAGAGGAUCGUGCAAUGUGAUCGUGUGUGUCUAAAAUGUCAGAUCUCAGUAAAGUUAUAUUUCGGAGAAGGAGGCACGAUCGCUGGAACAAGUGCUUUAUUCGCCUGACGUCUCGGAUCCUCACUCGAAUCCAUCAUCAGAGGCAGAGUCAGUUUAAGGUAGGGGAUUGCUCAGGUGUUGCAAUACUUAUAGGAUGUAGCUCCUAGUCCUCUACAUGCCUUCCACAGUUGGAAGCCCCCGACUUCAUCACAGCUCGACUGGCUAGCUGUUGAAGUAUGCCGUUGCUAUGCGCCUGUAUGCCGGUCAAGAUUAUCGGCUCCCACGCUCAUUGCAUGCCGCCGAGGGUCUGACUACCGGCUUUCGUCAUCUGUAUGGACUCUUGGGUGAUUUGGCUAGUCGACAUUGAUACCGAGUACAGUAGUUAUCCGCACUCUCUCCCCGCGGCUAACUACUUUGCCUAGGCUAGGUCUCAGCGCCGAAUAUGGAGCGAGGAGGCGUCGCGCUUGUUGGUUGAUUGUGGACCGGAAAACCAUGACUCGGGCGUUCGCGGCUCACGCUGUUGUCAUCUCUUGCGAGAAUUUCUGCUUCGUCAAGCUUGAAUACGUGGUUGGGUUCCGUCGAAUGAGCCGCGAGCUGGGAGUUGACGUCGUUCCUCCUCACUGCUGCCGAGUGCUCGGCAACCGCGUCCGGAGUAGUCUUCCGGUUUCCCUGGCAUAGUUACUUUGCCGACAACUGCACCAGAUCCGGUAAACGACUCCAGAUGCUUCCUGUCGUGGCAGUGAGUCUUUUGGCCUCAUGUUCUGGCGUCUUAUUGUUGUCUCCGGUCAGUGCGCAACUCUAAUUCCAAGGGGCGUAAGGAGGCGGCUGACGGCUUCCGAAGCAUUCACGUACCGCACAGCUGGCCAAAAUUUCGGGCCGGUUGGAUUUUAUCUGUAGUCUCGUUUACGCAGGGACUACCGAUGUCACAUGUAAUUAGCGUUCUCCAUUCUAUCCUCACUGCGAUACGGAAUACGUAUAAUUCCAUUCUGCCUCUCACAGGCGGCCACACAGCGGCGAGCAAGCUUUAAUUAAGAUUUUAGCCGUCUAAGACAAGAGGUCGGUGAAAGUCACUCUCAUGCGAUGGUUAUUUCCUUGGGUCGUUUUUUCAGGUUUCCUACUGAUACACUAGGGGGGACAGAAGGCAGUAAGUCUGAUCCUUCACCAUGAUCAAACCGAAGCACUUAUGAAGCCCAAUUUGUAAUGACCCCUCCUCCGAGUGACCGUGCGGCAUCUCCUACCGACGUGGCAUCCGAGUGGCCAAAGUCCGGUAUAUGUGCGUCGAGCGACCGACAGUUGCGUGGCACGUAGGGGUCGGGGGCGAAUCCCUGCCCUGCCUCUGUUCCCAUGCCCGCUUCGUAACGGUCUUGAUCUGAUCCCGCAGCUGUAUUAAGAUGCGUGUGGAAAGAGGGAAUGAGGUCGAUUCCGCGCAAGCUUCAACCCAUAUGACCCGAGUAGCUCUCAAGUUCAGGUGUUGCUGGUCAACGCGCGAAUUAUCAUCAUUUGGCGCUGUGUUUCCCUCACCUUACUUCCCCUUCUUAUGUCUUCUGUCCUGCUCACGUGUAGUCCUUUCUCCUCUCUCCUAUCUUUUCUCAUCCUUUCUACUGCCGAACUGCGGUCUUUCCAAUCUCGAAACCGACGAUAUAUUCACCCUUUGAACAUCCUUCCUAGCCUGGCGGUGGGCAGUGACCGGCUACCACAAAUCUACAAAUGCAAACACUAACGUCUGUACACAGACUUGUUUCACCGCACCCCUCAACGUAGGUACUAUGUCCGAAGUACGUACUACUGCUAUUCAGCAGUUGUAAUGGUGUGGUUUGCGCCUGGAGUUGCGUGGAGUCAGCCAAGAAAGCAGUAAUUUGUAACAAAAUUUUAAUUCUGAUGUAACUCGCACUAGCCAUCGAUCCCGGAAUCGACAGAAAUGGGCGUCAGUUCAUUAAAACCCUUCUUAUCUUUACAUUCACAUCAUUUGGCUAAACACGGGGUUCCAACCGGUCCUUCACGGGACUUUGGUGUGCAAAUGUCAUCACUUCUCAUUGUGUGAGGCUGACGAAAUUUUCAUUUCGAUUAAUUUCUCAACAGGAUACUGGCGAAUGCAACUGGAGCACAUUCUUGUGCACCUAAAGGCCCACACGCAGAACAAUGCCGAUUUUCGCAAUUUGCUUGGAAACCCGCGUCUGGGCAAGGUAUGUUACCUUGUAGUUCCAUCAACCGCCUCUGAAUUAAACGUCCAAACUGAAAUUAUGUAGGCGUAACUUAGAGACAACUUAUACUGCCAAGGAGAAUAUUUGCUAAAGAAAGUGGUCACACAUUAAAUUGGGAUCAUAUUUAAUUGGCACGACGGGGCGAGUGAGUUCCGUAGCGCGAUCCGUGAGCGCUCCUCUACCAUUGUGUAUACCCGAUCGCAGUCGAUAGGACAACGAGCCCGUGACUCAGCGGUCGCGGAAUCGAGCCUCAGCUGUUCCACACUUCGGGGUUGAGUAUGGUUAGCUGACGACAGCUAAUAAGCCAGAAAUUGCCACUCCAGUCUCACUUGUCCUUGUUGGUUACAGUAUUUUGCCUAAAUUUGAAGUGUUCGCCAGUUUAACCGUUGACAGUGGCCCACUGUCCUGUUGCAUACAGAAGAACCCUCCCCAAUAGCAGACUACCCUGUUUUGAUUGUUUGCAUUAAGGAAUUUCUGUGACUCGAGCUAGACACGCAUGGGUUCUUUUCAUACAUUGUCUAAUGUCUCACCUAAUAUAUCACAUGCGAUUGCUUGAUGUCAUAAGUCUUUGUAGCAAGACGUUAAUCAUUACUUGUCAUUUAUCAUUACGAAAUCAAUGCAGCGUUCCAGGGUUCGAAGUUUGCAAUGGAUGGCGAGUGCGUCACCUUCUAUGGAGAGCGAGGACAGCGAGGAGAUAGACUUCGUAGAUUUUUUGACAAGGGAAAGUCCAAGCAUUAGGUCCCGAAAAUGUGAAAUUAGUUAAACGCCUGUUUGUUUGCCCUUUUUGUGUUUCACAAAUCUUAUUUUGCCUGUGCACAUGCUCCAGCAGCUUUAAUCUCCUCGCACAUGUCGGUUUUCACGUUAGAAGUUCCGAUCUUGACUAAAGUUCAUCCCGGCUUCUAACAGCUCCUCUAUGCCGGCAUCGAGGAAGAUGAGGGCGAGUUGACAAUCUUUAUGACCUUCCAACACCACAAUCCACGAAUAACCACUCAGGAUCUUUUACCAAUGCCAUCGGAGGCGCAGUCAGAUCGGAUAAACAGGAAUGGCGGGGUUCCUCAAGCUGCGGCGAGGUCACAAGCACACCAGCGGAAUAAUAAUAACUGUUCCUCGCCUCUGGCAGAUAAUGCCCACUUUGAGGAUGACAGCUGGGCCAGCAAUUCGUUUGACAAUCUCACCAUCACCGACGACUUCUCGGAGGACGGAGCCACAGGGCCUCUUCGCCCCAAGUCCAGUGGUAGGCCUUCAGUCAGCGCUACUAUGGCGUGAUUCCUACCUUCAUUUUCUUGUUCCUACCUCAACCUACCCGUCAAAAUGUUGUUACGAGAGUUUUAUGUUAAAUUUUUGCAUAGUAUAGAAGAGGCGUCACGAUACCUCCCUCGACGUGGUCUCUUGGUAGAGAAAAAAUCUUGGCGCAAGUACAAUGGACCGGUAAUGUUCACGAACAAGGUCCGUGGACAGAGUGUGCCGGCAUGGAGGUACAGAAGAAGGGGUUGCCAGUCAGUUCGAUAAGUAAGAAGGGGAAACGAAUUUUUCCACUAUUGUGACCUGAACGGAAGACUCCACUGCAAUUUGAAGCUGUGUGAAAUUUUAGAGGUAGAUUAUUUCUCGAGCAACAGAAUGCCUCUGCAAAAAGUACCAAAGCUUACUGGUAGAUCCCCAGAUGCUGUGGUUGGCUCGUCCACUCACUGCUGCGAGUUCUGCUGCGACAUGGUAUCUGCCGCUAGAAGAGAAUAACUAGAUGGCACAUCGGAAAACCCAGUACAAACCGAAGAGGCCAGAUUUGCAGGUUGUCGUCAUAAAUACAAUCGUGGCUGUCUUUUAGGUGGAAAUGCACCUGCCGAUGAAAACAAUGGGGAUCCAGUACAGACUUAUCGGAACCACGGCUCACGCAUUGAUAAUCUGUGGAUCAGGAUACCGAUGUUAGGUACCUCUGCAUACAGAAGCAAGAUGCAGCGACGCUGAUCCCUAUCAUUGGACGCGAAGUAGAAGCAGAGUCAAAAAUAUAUUCUGACCAUUGGUCAGUAGGGAAAUUACGCCGACCCGAAUACAGGUGCGCACAUCCAGCAAACCGAAAGAACUAAGUUAGGCAGCAAGAUUGAGGGCUUCAAGAAAAGUUGUAGAGUUCCACAGCAUCUACUUUAGGGGAACUUGGAUGAACACUGCUGGUGUGUUUUGGAAGUAGAUGAGAACCACGACGUAGCAACCUUACGUGAUACUAAGCCUCGGGUGUUCCACACUUCGGAGUUGAGUAUGACCCGCUGACGGUGGCUAAUAAGCCAGAAAUGGCCAUUCCAGUCUACCUUGUCUUUGUCGGUAAUAUCAUUCUGCCUAUAUCAUGCGCCGCUGUGCGGCUGCUGGUUGGGCUCGCGAGAGAGUCCAUAAGACACAACGGAACGAGUGAGUUCCGUCAGAACGAUCGGUGGGCGUCCCCCUACCAUUCAAGGAAGUAUUUGUAUACUUGUUGUUAUUUAAUGCCAAUUUAACUUCCUAAUAUAGACGUCAGAUUUUUCAUUCGAUUCUGAUUUUUGACCUGUAUCUACAACAACAGUUUGACUGUCGCAUGCGACUAUAUCCACCGUGUGCUCCACAGCAAGGUGCAGCAGGCACGGUGACUUGCGCGUGAACUAGUUUAAAGUGGUAGUAGACUUGCCCAGCAUCCACCGUACUCUCUCUUCCCCACUCUCCACCUGGAUCCGGUGUCAAAACAGAGUCAGGAAGACCGGAAGCGGGGGAGGCCGCAGGUGGAUGGCACGAUCGAGCCCGCACCUUGGCGCUCCACUCCGCACCCUCUGGUUCACGCAGCAAAUGAUCAACAGCAAAAGGGACUGGCGCGGCCGAAGCCGCCCGACCAGUGCCUACUAGGGCAGGAAUCACACUAUAGUAGCACCGCAAUGCCUGUUCUUCACAUAGUCUUCAAAGACAAGUAUUUAUCACAUCCGUUAGGCUGCUCCGGCAGAAAGCCUUUCUGCUUGUAGUUCCCAUUAUGUGUCGAUGGGCGAAUGUCUCUUUAAAUUCCCAUCUUUUAGCGCGUGGUGGACGGGGUUCGUCAAAGAUGGGCGGGAAGGGGAGCAGGCGUGUACAGCAGAAGCGUGGGGGCCGAAGCAAGGCAACGAGCCAUCCCGUACCGGAAGAGCGAAAAAAGGGCAACGGAAAUUUUGCCGGUACCAACAUCAGCGAAAACGGCGGCUCUAACGAUACCUAUCAACGUCCCCAGCCUCUGCAUUCCAGCUGUCGGGCGGACCCCAAUGCCUCACUCAUACCAGGUCUAGCUGCGGUUGUGGAACAGCGUAUCGCUAACCUUUCCGUGGGUUUUUUUUAAAUCAAACGUGGAUGCUAUUUUUGCCCUUUCAUGUUUUUUUUAUCCGUCGCCGUUGGGCAUUUUGCAUCCGAAGUUGUGGGUCUUCUGGCAUCCUCUUCUACGAGGACUAUUGAUCAUAAGGACCUCUGUUAGCAAUCAUUUGGGUAAAAUUCUGCCUCUCUGAUUUUUGCCAUGGUAUACUUUUUUCCUGUUGAACUUUUCAGCCUUUGGACAGUGCCUUGCUGCAGCAUCUUCGCUCGGGCCCAAGCGGAAGGGAUAAGGAAGUCACCGAUCUAUUAGCCAAGGUUAGACCAGAACCUCCAACGAAAUUACCUUUAUUUUCCUAUUUAGCCAUUAUGCCACUUCGCGUUAUUUGUCUUCAAGGCCCUUGGCUCGUGCUGUCGCACUGUUCUUCACGAAGAGAGGAGACACGCGUACAUGUUUUUUCGACUGCGAUUCUGAAUUUUUAAAGUCCAGUAGUAGGGCGAUCCGCCUGCUCGACUCAUUGCCACUAGAAGACGGCAAAUGUCGGUAGAGUGUGUUGACGUGAACUUCGCAAUCCGCUUCAAUUUCGCAACAAAGACAUACCAAACCGUAAAGCUUACCCACUAAUAAUCCGGUGUAAACUGUGGUACAUGCUGCGCAAGUCAUUAAUGCGGCUCUAGGGCAGUGGUCGUCCUCAUUGCCUACGAUGAAGGAUAUUUGAAUGGGACUUAAGGCCUACCUGACACCUCUACCGCCGCAAUUGACGAAGUCCACCUGGCUGGGAAGUGUUGCUGACCCGAACUUGAAUUCAUGAUGAAGUAAAGGUGCGGAGCAUUUAUCCCACUCUUCGUUCCUACACUCGUCGUAUUUCGAAAGCAAGACAAAGUCUACCAGGCUGGAGCUGGGCACGGAUGCAGUGAUAGUCCGUCUAGGUGUGCCAGGCGAAAUGGGCCCUGUCUGGAAAACGAACUAGGCUGCAUGGAAAGAGGUGGUAGCUCGGGUGAGAGUUGUGAAGGAGAGGAUGUAUCACCAGAGCCACAGUAAGAGAGCCACUACAGCUUGACCCUCAGUUCCUUGUGGGGCAAACUUUUCCUGUCAGCCGACAACCUCGGCCGCAGCUCUUAUCGUGCCGUGAAAUUUUGAAGGCUCGUUUACUUGUUUGUAGUGAAUAACUUAAGCGUUGGAUCUGAGCCGUUGUAAACUCUAUCCGUUUCGAGUCGGCUGCGAAUGAGAUUACGCCUAGUGGUCCGAAAUCGACUUCUUACGCAUGCCAAACACGGACUCUCAUCUCAUAGAAGCGAGAGACGCCAUAAUGGCCACAUUGAGAAGGAGCCGUUGUAAUUUGGUCCCGUUAGGAUGGGGAGCCAAGUUAUCCCGUCAGAUUACAAUCCUCAAAGCUGCGGCCUUUUGCGUAUCGUGGCAGGUCUCAGCAGGUCACAUUUGUUAUAGUGGGGAGUCUCCCGAACUUUCAUGUGGGAAGGUUAUUCACUAUCCGCCUCUGACGCAUGGGUGGCCGAUCUGAGCUUUCUGCCGAUCUGUGUUCAAAUUGAACAUAGGACCUGAAGUCGCGUCAGCCUCCGUCUCAGCCGUGCCGCAGACGUUUGACAGUAGUUAAGAGCCUAGAUAGCUUCGUUACAGCCCAACCGACGGGUGCUGGGAGCCAACGCGGUCCCUAUUUCCAUCCGGGGCAAUCGUUGAGCAGGCCCCAUCCGGCGACGACAGUUUGACCGUCAAUUCCGAUGAUGUCUAAAGUAUGCCCCGCAGCAUGGUGGGAUCAGGGACGGUGACGCGCUCGCGAUUUAGUUUAUAGUGAUGGCAGACUUCUGCAGCACCUACUACACUUUCUCUCCUUUUCUUUCCACCUGGGUCCGGUGCCAUAAGAGUCCAAAAAGGCUGCCGGCGCGGCGCGAACACGCAGCUAGGCGUGCCUACCCACACUAACGUUCACGCUCCGGGAAAGAGGUAUCAUUGACUGACGCCUGCGGUCCGCAUGACGGCGGCGAACUGUCCUACCUGGGAAUUACUUGUGCCUGCUUUUGUAGGUCCGGUGUUUCACCUUCGUGUCCCUAAUGUCCUUAUCGUCUGCUCCAAGCCGCAAAAGCACGCAAACAGAUGUGUCAUCUGCACACCGAAUAUCGUGUUUCGUGCGUUUGCGUGCACAUGUUGUUGUCAUGGCAGCCAGCCCUGUCUCGCGAUUGCACGCGCCUUGCCGCCAUGGCAACGACGUGUUUACUAAGAAGAAAUUUUGAACAACUCUGCGAAAUAGCAUCCAAUAGAGCGGACUCCCUCAUUUAGUGCUUCCUAAAUUUUGCCUUUUAGGGUGCCAACCCGAGAUGCAUUGAUCCCUCCGGUGAUGCGGCUCUAAUAGUUGCUGUCCGAAACCGUUAUUUGGGAGCUAUUUCGGCCCUUGUGCAAGCAGGAGCCGACGUUAACACCGUAGGCAACAGGUAUCUAUUCCGUUCUCUGUUCCGAUGCCCACAUUCUAGCUCCUACCGAAAGUGACGCUUGAAUGUUUGAUUCCUACGCCGUUCGUUGCUGGAAAUAGAACAGUAGAAUACAGUUAAAGAAGUUACUGUUAAAAAUGAUAGGCAUAUCAGUUACACAUAAUGAACACUUCACCAUUCAGUUUUUGACCUACAGGGGAUCUUAAUACUGUAGGCCCUGUAAACACUACUCACUUCACUGUCAUGAACUGUACUUUCUGCAAACUGACAAAUGAUCGGAAGUCCUUGCAUCUAUGCUCCUUAGAACACUAUCAUAUUAUAAACAAUAGCUAAACAAACAACCAUAGUCGCCCUAUUCAUACUAUAGUUUUGGCAGUGAUCGCGUUUUUUCACGUGCAUACACUAGAAUUUAUCGACCUUCCACGGAAUGGAGUUUUGAAACUCUAAAGCACAGGUGCAGCUGCGAAUUGGGUUUAAAAGUAUUCGGGAAUAAAAAACCAUGUUUUAAAAGACCCAAAACGUACACCCUUGGAGAAAGAGUGCAAGGAAGGAUAUUUUUCGUCCAUAAAUUUCGUUUGAAUUUAUGCGGGUAUCAAAAUCGAUGGGGAAACUCCGCUCUACCUAAGUAGUCAGUUAUUGUCGAGUGCGGUUUUUUUCAGUUGACCGAACGGAUGUGCAUUCAAAAGCCAACAUCCUGGCGUAUCUGAAAUAUUUUGGGUUUAUGCUACUUGAUGAUCUAUAUUACAACUUCACUUAGAUAACACUUCCUAAUCAAAAACGCAUUUCAGAAUCUCAGUUGACAUUUCAUGAAUUUGGUCGCUGACUAUAGUUCGGCCUGAGAUUUGCGUACUGGCUCCCAGGUAGACAGAAGUAACACAGGAGAGUUUAUCUAACUUAUUCGGCCUUUAGUUCCGCGGCAGUGCUGUUUGAAUACUUUAUAAUGUUGCAAUUAGAGCCUUACCAAUGAUUUUUCUCCUUACUUUUUGUUCCUGCGAUAAAUGGAAGGAACGGCAACUCCGUGCUGCAUGAGGCGGUUCUGCUAGGAGAUGAAGCCAUGCAAAUUGUCAAAACGCUUUUGGAGUAAGUUCAAAAUCAUUUAGUGCCAUAUUUACAUUCCCUAUUCUCUAAACCAAUCUGAUCUCGAUCGUAGUACCAAAGGGGUCCGUAUUUAAUGGUGCUGUCAGAGUUCAGCAUGUCUCUGACAAAUGACUGAUGUCCAUUAGGUCAGAUAAGGAAGACUUCCAAUGGCCGUCUUUGGCAAUAUUUCCUGUCCCAGGCCCGUCAUAUCGGUCCGAGUGCAGGUUUGGACCUAUCUGGCCUACCAGUUGGGCCAUAAACUCCCGGUCUGUCGGUCAAGAUCGUAAAUGUUGAAGAUCGUGCUGGAGUGGCACACAUCUGUAGGGUGCGAGCGCUGGAAACAAUAAGGAUGUUUGCUUUUCCGCUGUAGACAAUAUUUCUCAACUAUUGACCGCCCUUCAAUGUGCGACUGCCUGUGAACCCGCUGGGCAGCAAUCCCCAAAGCAGAAAGGAAGACCAGUACUAUGUCCAUAGACGGGACCAACUAUUCCCACCUCCCUGGUGCGCGUUUCCACGUGAUUUUUAGGCACAAGUACACAUGUAUGCCUGCUGGUUGCAUGGUUGACAGUGAGGGUUGUUGGCAUCAGUCACUUUGAGUCACUGCUUAUUUCCGAAAUGUCUGGCUAGCUUCGGAUGCAUACUUUUCCCCAGGUCAGGUGUAAUAAAGUAGCCCCUCCAUACAUAUUUCUCUUACCACAGACUUGGUGCUGAUCCAACCGGGAAAAAUGCUCAAGGUCGCUCUGCCCAGGACAUCGCGGAUGAAUCCGGUUUUGCCAAGCUUUCCAACUUACUAGCAGCUGAGGUUGACAGGAAGAAACAACAAGAAGGGGCCGACGGGACUGUUAUUGCUCCCGCCUACGCAUUUGAGCACCCAGCGGAAUGCUGA